GUGACAGAAUAUUAUUUGGCUUUUUAGAGAUUCGGUUUAUUAUGGCCGCAACGAUGUUAGCUCGAAUGCUCUUGUUCGUAUUAGCGCUCUCGAUCGUCGAAUUCUCGACAUCUCAUGUACUGAAAAGCUCAGUCAAUUGUCUCGACUGUCUUGCUGGUUCUGAUUUAGCAGGCAUCAAGAUACUAGUGAAGUGCAAGCAAGUGAAAAACUUAGCCAUGGCUACAACCAACGAGCAUGGUGCCUUUGAGACACAACUACCCUCAAGCAAUUGCGAAGCCAAGAUCAUGGGUGGCCCAAAGCAACUCUACAUUUCAAGAAAUACCAUGGUCACAAGCAUAACAGAUGUCCGUGAAACCGACUCUUACACCACAUCUCGACCCUUGAGUUUCUAUACGUCAUGCCCUUUGUCACAAACCAAUGAUGGGAAAUGUGGGGCAACGAAUGAUUCGACCGGAAGGAAUGUCAGGUCGUCGAAGACCGUUGAUUUGCCACUGCCAAGAGAAUGGGGAUUAGCACCGUCUAGCUAUUAUGUUCCGUUCGUCCCUAUCAUUGGUAUUCCGUGAUUAGAUCAUGGUUUCUGCAACUGAUGUUUUAUUUUACAUCAAAACUGUACUUUGUCUCUUCUAAAAAAAUCUUGAAGUUUAAAUUUAUGUUAUGUGAAGUGAGAAACCGAGUGAUAUGUAUGUUAAAUUUCUUAGAUUUAUGUAAUCUAGAUGUAUAAUAUGUUUAAUUUUGUUGGUUCUUUGAGAUUUAUAUAUUAUCUAUAUGUUACAUC